AGAGGGGACUGGGAGGAGUCGCCAAUUGCUACCGCCGCUGCAAGUAAAUUGUAGCACUGCGUUAUAGCCGUCUAUCUAGGUAGCCAUUGUCAGAAGAAAAUAAUAGCAAACAAACUUAUGCAACCUAGCGAUUGGAGGUUGAACCAUGCAUUUUAAAAACAUGGCACAAAAUUAGGUUGUAAUCACAACUUUGCACCGCUUUUUUUAUGAAUCCGUUUGCUACAUUAGCUAGGUAGCUAGCUACUUGCUAACAUUCGAUUUAGGAUAGCUAAAAUAAUUUCGGACCUGAACACCCCGUGUGAAUUUGACGUCGGUAGUUCUUGAUGUUUUUCAGCCAAGUGUCGGGGCUGUUUGUAAACGAAGUAGAAGAUGGGGAACCUUUAUGACACAGAGCACCCGACAGAGUCUGACAUCAAUUUGGAGAGCUCACUGCUCUGAACUGGUUCAUUCUUGGCCAGAAGCUUUUACAAGGCUACAACCGCCAGACCUGCCUCCCCAACAUGGAUGCCCUGGUGAAGUCAGAGAUCAGGGAAGAGGGAAGGGAUACUUCGGUCAAGGUCGAGGGCCUCACCAAGGCAGCUAUUCUCAAAGGCCUCUCCCCCAGAGUGAUGCUGUCCAACAACCUUUCGAAAGGAAUGAAGAGGAAGGUCAACCUGGAUGACCAAGCUCGCCAGAAAGUGUCCUUUAGCUUCUCUCAAACAAAAAAACCGCUGCAUCAUCUUUUCCUGGCCCCUCCCAAUCCAGAAAAGUCCAACCUGGAGCCGCCCUCUGCCCUGUUACCUACUACUUCAUUCCCUCAGGACCGAUCAGGUCAGCAUACGGAAAGUAAAAAUGAGAAAAUGCAGCCUGUUUUGUCGGUGCUCACGCGAGUAGCAGAGACCCUUGCACCUCAGACAUCAGUCUCCUCUGUCCCCAAACCUAAAGUGAACUUGGGAAAGAUGCACUUCAAGAAACAGAUAAUCAGUGUUUCUGUUAUCGAAGAAAGUCCCAAAACCAGCAGUGUGUUACAGAAUCCACUCCCUUCCGAGCAACAGGUUUUAACAAAAUCUUCAGGUGAAAUUGUUUCCUCAACACCUCCGUCUCAGAGCAGUCUUCAGUAUAUGGUCAACAAUUGCCUGACUGACAGUGCUCUCACUCACAUAUCUGAUGUGAAGUUGGACCUCACUCUCAAGGAGCCAACUGAUUCCCCCUUUACAGAGAAAAUAGAUGUAAACAGUUCCAGUGUAACAGAGCAGGAAGACACCUCAGUAAAUGUGAAAAGCCUCUGCCAGUCUGAAACCAUACUUCCUGGCUCAGAAUCUGAUGCUGAUUCAGUGCAGACGUCUUCCAGCCAAAAAUCUGGUGAACCCAAUCAGACAGCGAAGUCUAAGAGUAGAAUCAAAAGCGAUGCAAAAAAUAUGUCCUACUCUCGCUCCAAAGUAGAAGAAGCUGAAAAAUGUUCUCACCAUGCACGUUCAGAAAAGGAUGAAAGGACCUUGAGUUACUCAAAGUCUGACCGGGAAUCAAAGUCUGACCGGGAAUCAAAGUCUGACCGGGAAUCAAAUCGCACAUCCUCACGGUCCUCACGUUCUGAUAAAGACCGCAGAAGGACCGGUAGUCGGUCAAGGUCCAGGUCAAGAGGUCCUAGGACAAGUUCUAGAUCAGAGACCAGUUCCAGAUCUGAGAGAUCUAGAGGCGAGCGAGGAUCAGGUUCACGGUCUGAGCGAUCAUAUCGUGACUCUGAGCGGAGGUCAGGAGGUCACAGGAGCUCUCCAUACAGAGAGCGGAGAGGAGGCUCUCGCUCUAGAACAGAUUGCAGCAGAGUUCGUGGCAACAGUUCUGACUCUGAAGAUGACCACAGAAGAACACGGACUAGAACAAGUGAUUCCAGCAGAUCGUCCACCCAUUCUAGCUCACAGACUGAUACAAAAUCAUCCUCUCACUCGAAAUCUGACCGAGACUCGAAAUCUGAGCGAGACUCGAAAUCUGUAGGUUCUCCUCACUUGUCAGAGAUGGACAAAAGAUCACAAUCUUCUAAGUCUGAGAGGACUUCAAAGAGAACUGACUCUGAAUCCAUCCAAAAGUACACUCCUGAAGUAGAAGCUAAUCACAGAAAAUCCAGCAUCCACUACAAGUUGGAAACCAAUGAUCGAUCCACUAAUUUCAGUUCAAAUAUAUCCUCUCAAACAUCAGACAAAAGAUUACAGAAAAGCAGCUCUAGUGGAUCUGAGGUAGAUCACAAAGCAAAGUCUCAGGGCUCUGACAGGUCUUCUGGCUCUGAAACGUCAUGGACAUCUUCCCGUAAAUCUGAUUCUAAGCAAAUAUCAACGUCGUUAGUGCCCUCUAGUAGACAAUCAAAGGAUACAUUUCACAGUUCAAAUAAUUUAGAAACAUGUGAAACCCCAGUGGAUGCACGCCCUUCAAGCAUUAAGGACAAAACAGUAGCAGAUUCCCAGCUAACAGAUAGCUGCCAAAGUGAGGAUGCUGGCAAGGUGAAUGCCAUCACAUCCCACGAUGAAGGCUUACAAAAAACAUUAAAUUGUGAUCCCAGAUUGCGAAAACAAGUUCUCGAUCUAGUUAAUGUGAAGAUUAAUCAUUGCAUUGAGGUUAAGAAUGGCUUGGCGACUUUACCAGAAACCUCUUUUAAAGAGCAAAUAUGUGAGAAAUUCUCCUUAGAAGACAUUGCAAAUGUUAAUGAAAGCCUUAGGACUCAACAAAAAAGUUCUGAGUGUGUAAACACUCAGCUGGUAUCCACCGAGAAGCCAAUUGAUGUAGCCAGUGAUAGUUUUUUCAGUAGUAAUGACAGACUGCUAUUAAGCCAGGAUCAGACAUUUUCUCAAGGUUCAGCGGGGCCAAAGUCAUCACCUACUAUAGACCCAUCUGUCAAAGACCAUCCUAAGCAGAACAAUAAACCAGACAGUGCUGUGCAUUCUAGUAUAAAUGUGACUAUUAACAUGCAGUCUUACAAAAGUGUCCCUCUCAAAUCUGAAGCCUCUUGUCUUGAAUCUGAAGUUCUGAAUAAUACUGAACAACAUAACUUUAAUUUGUCUGGAAAAAAUAGAGCUAAUAUAAAAAGGUCACGUUGGGAUAUUGUUGGGCAAGACCCCUCAGACAGUGAUAACACUCAGAAAUGCUUUUCUCAAGAAAGCAAACCUGCUGUGAAAAAGGUAAUCUCUGUCAAGAGAAUAGAGUUUUCUAAGGACAAUAGCCAAGAGGAUCCAUCUCUGGUAAAGGAUCACCUCACGCUGGAAGCUAAGUCACAUUCCAAAACUAUUAACCAAGGGGUAAAUGCCAAACAAGAACACAGCUCCGUACCUAUACCUCCUAGGAAUGACCAGUUUGAGUCAUCAAACCCAGCUGUUCUACCAGCCACAUGUGGAACCAGCAAGGACCAUUCAGGCAUCAAACCCCACCUUAGCCAAAUGGAUGGAGAUCGCUUGCUUUCAAAUCAUACCUUGCAUGUAGGUAGAGCUACAAGGGAACAGGGUUUGAAUGGUGACGGGAAUGUAGAGAAACCUAUAGAUGUCCCAGACAAGAGCAAACUGGCGAAGAGACGAGUGUCGAGUCAGGACGGCGUAGAACAUAGUGAAGACAGUGACACUGACGAUUCAGAGUCUGACUCCGACUGUGGCGCCGUUGUGAAACGGAUGCACUCUGUGGUGGUCGUGCCUAAGAAUUCCACUCUCACUCACUCCGACACAAUGGACAUGUCUGCCUCUCCCGGCAGUCCAAGCUCUAUCCCGGGACGCCAGCAUGCUAAUCGGGCCAGCGGUCAGGAGGGUGAGCUGGAAAGGAAUGAGGUUCCAAGCCCACCACAGAGGCAAAGGGGCUUCUCUAACAUGUGUGUGAACACUAGGCAGGCCAGUAAUCCUGUGGAUGGAAGUCUCCCUGCCCACGGCAGCAUUAUAUAUCAAUCCCAAAGCAAUAUGAUUGAUAGCACCAGCCACCUUGAAGGCUCCAAUGCCAUCGAUGCCCGGCUUUAUAAGGAUCCGUAUAGCAGUGAACACGGAAGACUGAAGGUUGGUACAGCCACGGUGAGCCAAGUUGCUGCUGCCCACAGCCUGGAAAACUCCUUCAGGCAGUCUGUCCCAGGUCAUUCACAGCAUCAUGGGAGUGAUAGGGGUGGCAGAAUGCCCUCGCAGUACCAACAGGGAGAUUUCGCUAUCUCUGAUGAUUUCAACAGCUGUCUGGGCUGGGACUUCACACAGCCAGAGCAACCGAGCAGUACGUACCAGCAGCCAGACAGCAGCUAUGCAUCCCAGCAGCAUCCUGGCAUUCAACAUCCAGGAAAUUCCUCUUUAGGGCAGGUGUACAGGCCAGACAAUGGGGCCUACUGGACCCAAGUACCAACUACAACUCAAACCUGCAGACCAGCCUACCUCCAUGUGCCAACAACACAUUACCAGGAGGGUGUGGGUCAAGUUCAUCCUGACUCCCUGACUAACGACUGUGAUGAGGACAGUGAGGGGAAACCAGCCGGGCUUAGUAGAGUAUCACUGGAAUGUAAUGGUCCUAACCUUCCUGGCUUGUCAGCCUUUGUCCAAGCUCAUGAAAUAAGCAGUAACUGCCGAGGCUCUGUCCACUCUGCCACUCCUGAAAGGGUUGCCGUAGUUGAAUCCCGCAGAGACUAUCACAACUCGAGGCCCCACAGAAGCAGGGGCCCUCCCAAGAAGAGGCGGCCAGAGAUCGAGUCUGAUUCCGCAGACGAGUCCGAAACUGUGCACUCUAGCAAGAGGGACCGGCUGUCAGAAAGAGACUUCCCAAAAGUUUCAAAAGACUCAGAAACUCCUGUUCAGGCUGAGGUGCAACGGCCUUUGCUUAGUCUGAAGGAUUUCCAGGAUGCUAUGAACUGGAGGGAAAUGGCUAAGUCUAAGAAGAUGCCACCAUACUUUGACCUGAUUGAGGAGAACUUAUAUCUGACUGAAAGGAAGAAAAACAAGUCUCAUCGUGAUAUCAAGCGUAUGCAGUGUGAGUGUUCUACGCUCUCAAGGGAAGAGCGGUCACGUGGUAUGAUGGCUUGUGGGGAGGACUGCCUUAACCGCCUGCUAAUGAUUGAGUGCUCAUCGCGAUGCCUGAAUGGAUCGUAUUGCUCCAACCGACGCUUCCAGAUGAAACAACAUGCAGACUUUGAGGUCAUCCUGACAGAAGAUAAGGGCUGGGGACUGAGGGCAGCUAAGGACCUGGCAACAAACACCUUUGUACUGGAGUACUGCGGUGAGGUGUUGGACCACAAGGAGUUCAAGACUCGGGUGAAAGAAUAUGCUCGCAUGAAGAAUAUCCACUAUUAUUUCAUGGCCUUGAAAAAUAAUGAGAUCAUUGAUGCCACGCUGAAGGGGAAUUGCUCUCGCUUCAUGAACCACAGCUGUGAGCCAAAUUGUGAGACUCAGAAGUGGACUGUGAACGGCCAGUUGAGAGUUGGGUUCUUCACCUCCAAGACUGUUCCGGCUGGUACCGAGCUUACGUUUGAUUACCAGUUCCAGAGAUAUGGGAAAGAGGCCCAGAAGUGCUACUGUGGGGCUCCGACGUGUAGAGGUUUCCUGGGCGGUGAGAACAGGGUCAGCGUACGAGCAGCAGGAGGGAAGAUGAAGAAAGAGCGCACUCGCAAGAAGUACACCUCUGUGAGCAGUGCUCUAACCACGGUGGAUGAGGAACUUGAGGCACUGCUGGAGAACGGGGAGGGCCUGUAUGACGAGAAGGAGGUAGUGUCACUCUGCCGGUUGAUGGUCAGAAUGGAGACCAUGGAGCAGAAACUCACCUGUCUCAAACUCAUCCAGGAUACCCAGAACCCGUCUUGCCUGAAGCAGUUCCUGGACCAUCACGGUCUGUCACUGCUUUGGAUCUUCAUGGUGGAACUUUCAGAAGCCAAGGGUAACAGUGUAAAUAACGUCAAAUUGCAGUUUGAGAUCAUGAAAACCCUCUCGGUGCUGCCCAUCUCCACUAAGAACAUGCUGGAGGAGAGCCGGGUUCUGAGCUUCAUUCAGCGCUGGGCGCAGACCCACACACACUCCCUCCCCCAAACCGCUGGCACCGAACAGGACGACUACUCGAGUGAGAACACGUCACGCGCCCAGACACCGCUAAAUACUCCAGAUGGCUCUUUGGCCUCCACCACCAAACGGGGGCCGGAGCUGGACAUUGACACCCCUAAACGGGCCGUAUAUCGCCGUCUCAAGAUAAUCAGCGAGAAUAGCCUGGACAGCGCCAUGUCGGACACCAGCAAGGCCUCUGACGGCAAGGAGGAGGAAGAGGACGAUGAAGAGGAGAUUGAGGACGAUGAAACCUCCCAGUCUGGGCUCGUCGGAGACAGCAGCAAACUGGCUAAGCCAGAACCUGUUGUUGAGGCCCAGACUCUGAUGGCAGAGGAUCAUGCAGGAGAGCCCAUCACAGAGUUGAAGGAGAACCCGGAGGAGGAGGUGCCCACAGAGGUUGCAGAGCCCACGUUGAGCCAAGAGGCAAAAGAUGAACAGCAGGAAGAGGUGAAAGAUGAGAGCUUGGAGGAGGAGAAUAAGGAGUGUAUGGAGGGACCGAAGGAGGUUGGGGGAGAGCAGGAAGAGGACCAGCAGACCAGUCAGGUAGUGGAGCCGAGUGUAGUGGUGGAUGGAGAACGGACCAGCGAGGAGGUCCUGGAGAAACCAAAGGUUGAGCCAGUUCAGGUAGAUCUUACUGAGAUCCCCUCAGAGGAGCAGGCACCAGAGGAGAUUGAAAAGACACCUGGGACUGGGACAGAAGACCCGGAGAAGGUCCCGGUUGAGGAGGAACCGCCAGGCCCCACAGUCCCUGAAUGCCACUCGGAGGCGGCCCCUGACCCUGGGGACAUUGCCCAGGUAGUGACCCCAGUUCCUGAGGCCCCUCCUCCUCCGGUGACACCUGCAGAGCCCGUGGCGGUGGGAACCCCCUCACAGGACGAGGAAGAGGGUGUGUCUGACGUGGAGAGUGAGAGGAGCCAAGAGCCCCAGCUCAGAGCCGUGGACAUCGGCGACAUGGCUGCUAAGCUACUGGACAGCUGGAAGGACCUGAAGGAGGUCUACAGGAUCCCCAAGAAGAGCCAGGUGGAGAAGGAGACACACGAUCGUAGUCGGGACCGAGAUGCUGCCCAGACUCCAGCUCGCACCCCCUCCGGCAGCCGAGAACGGGAGAGAGAACGGGACAAGGAGAAGGACCGGGAGCGUGACCGAGAGAGGGAGCGUGACCGAGAGAGGGACAGAGACCGGGAAAGGGACAGAGACCGGGACUGGGAUAGAGACAGGGAGAGAGAGAGGGACAGGGACCGUGACCGAGACAGAGACAGAGACUGGGACAGGGACUCAGAGAAGACUCCUCGUAGCACGGAGAGACGGAGGAGACGGGCAUCCACCUCCCCACCACCCUCCUCCUACGAGAGGAGCAGCAGACGCAACGAGGACAGGUUUGACCUGGCCGGCUGCAGCAAGAAGCCACGUACGCUGACCGUCACCAAGGAGCGCACAAAGCUGUCCACGGAGGAGCGCCGGAAGCUGUUUGAGCAGGAGAUGGCCCAGCGAGAAGCUCAGAAACAGCAGCAGCAGCUACACCAGCAGCAGCAGCAGCAGCUCCAGCAGCAGCUCCACACUCAGGCGUACGACGCGGCCCUUACCUACGCCGCCAGCCCUGCAGGCUUCAUCCACUACCCCCCCGGGUACCCCCUCCAGACCUACGUGGACCCGGUCAACCCCAACGCUGGCAAGGUCCUGCUGCCCACCCCGCCCGUGGAGCCCCUGGUCCCGGCGGCGCUGGCCUUCGAUCAGACCCCGCCCCAGCCUCUGAUCGCUGAGAUGGGCCUGGCCUCUCCGUCCUCCACGUCCCAGCAGCCUUCGGUCGCCAACCUCUCAAGUCACGCCCACCACGUCCACCCGGCCGCCGCCACCCACCUGGAGCUCCACGCCGGCGCCCCCGUCGCCCCCCAGCAGUAUGUCCAGCAGCCCGGUGUGUCGGCCCAGGACCCUGGGGUAGCCAUCCUGGCAUUGCCUGCUGUCUCCGCUGCGUCUCAGGUGUCGGUGGGCCAGCAGAGCUACACCACCCUGUGGGACCCCACAACUCAGCAGCCGGUAACGGUCCAGACCCAGGCUGCACCACAUUACCACGCCGUCCCUGCGGCGCCUCCCACGCAGACCGCCAUCUACUACCAGGGACAGCCCUGCCCGACCAUCUACAGCAUCCCCACUGCCUUUCCCCAGGCCAACACACCUGUCAUACAGACUUACAGCGAUCCGUCUGCCAGCUACCUCCAGGGUCCGCCGGUAUACCCCGGCCAUCAGCAGGGACUGGUGUUACAGGGAGGCACGGUCACCACCAUCGUCACCUCCCAGAAUGUCCAGCAGGAGAUGUCCAACACCCUAUUAGUCCCCAACAGCAUGAUGGACCUACCCCCUCCGUCUCCUCCCAAACCCAAAACCAUCGUCCUACCGCCCAGCUGGAAGGUGGCGCGGGAUGGCGAGGGCAAGAUCUAUUACUACCACGUCAUCACCAGGCAGACUCAGUGGGACCCCCCCAGCAGCUGGGAUGGGGCGAGUGAUGACGCCCACAGCAUAGACCAUGAGGCUGAAAUGGACCUGGGGACGCCCACCUAUGACGAGAACCCCUCCAAGUUCUCUACUAAGACAGCAGAGGCUGACACCUCCAGUGAGCUAGCUAAGAAGAGCAAGGAAACUUUCCGGAAAGAGAUGUCCCAGUUCAUUGUGACCUGCUUGAACCCGUUCCGAAAACCGGACUGCAAACUGGGACGCAUCAUCAACACUGAGGACUUCAAACACCUAGCCAGAAAGCUUACUCACGGUGUGAUGAAUAAGGAACUGAAGUCCUGUAAGAACCCGGAAGACCUGGAGUGCAAUGAGAACGUCAAGCACAAGACCAAGGAGUACAUCAAGAAGUACAUGCAGAAGUUUGGCAGCAUCUAUCGGCCUAAAGAGGAUACCGAGCUGGACUAACUAUGCGAUUGGAGGAACAGGGAUCAACACUUGAAACGGUGAUUAGUGCUCCGCUCGUUUGGGUUCGAAGAAACGGUCGAAGGAGAUGUACUCGGACCCGUGCACCACAACCCCCCACUCCCCCGGGUCAGGUCGAGCCGUGAAACAGUGCUGUGUGAAAUCCUUGGAGGUGUGAUCUUUCUCCGUACACGAAUUUAUGAGGAGGACAUUUUUUGGCAACAAAUACUGUCCUAAACUGAUGCCUCGCUGGGCCCACUGGCUCGUGAAUGGGACUAAUGAAGGGGGCGGGGGAUUAUGUCGCAGCAGAGCCAGGCCCCGCCCCCUCGAGGGGUGGAAGCUCCAGGUGAAGUGUUCACAGAGACUGAUGUGACACCUAGCGUGCGUCUCAGCUAGCACCCGACCCCCAAUAUCUGCACGGUGGGGAACAGGGUGUCAGCUUUGACUCAGGCUUAGAAUGGGGUGCUACGUUCAGUAAGUUCUCACUAUCAUGUGUAUUAUUAUUUUUUUUUUUAUCUUUUAACAAUUUAGCUUUCUAAAGAUGUCCUCAAGAUCUUCCUGUCUGCUCGGUAACUCUUUGCCCCCGGUUUUUGGAAUGAAUUCUUGAAAUGGUCGGACGUUGCUGUUUGUUGGGUUUCUGCUAUUGGAGUUUUGCAUUACCAUGUCCAGCUGGGAUGAUUAACUGGUAAAAAUGGAUCAUUAUAAUGACGGAGGGGAAAAAUGGUUUUCCAUGUGACCAACCGGCUGCCCUGCGGUACUCCACCUGAGGAUGGAAUACGGUGCCGUUUGGAAUGUGUCCUCCUUUAGUCCUUGUCACCUCAGAGGAGUGUGAAGAGCUAGCUAACAUGGAGAAACGUUCAGGGUGGGAAAUUAUGAUGGAGCUCGUGCUUCUCUCGGUGCAGCCGGUUGUCUGACGGUGUAUCUGGUGGUGGACAGUUAUAGGCAGGACCCUCAGAUGGACUAGGAGGUAGAUAAGGAAACGCUACUUUGAAGGGGAUAUCAGAAAUGUUUUUAUGUCUUUUAUCUACUUACUAGUACUGUGAAGUUAACAGGAUUUGGAUACCAUCAUUGACCCCCCCCCCCCCCCCCAUUGCUCUGAUAGCCUUUCCUGGGCCACUCCCUCCACCUCUGAAAGCUCUUGUAGCAGUGAUUUUUAACUGUCCAUUUUGCAUCAAUGUCUUUUGUUGUUUUUACUUUGCCGAUUGGUUUGGACAGGCGUCAGGAAGGUGCCUGCGCUGUCGUCCUGUUGUUACGCAAACCGUUUUUAUUUGUCAGUCGCCUGGGUAACGAGGUCUUUGUACCCUUGUCAGGUUCUACCAUUUCGUGGGCUUGAAGUCAUAAAUGGCCUCAACUGUCUCACGCCCCCAUUAAAUCAAGUUAAAACCCAAAACAUAUGUAUUAUAUUGAUUUAUUUGUGAAUAUAUUGAGAAAUAGUUUUUCGAGAAUGUUUAAAUAAGCAAGGACUUCCUGUUUGUCCAAUGAUGUAACGUAUUACAGGUUUAGUUAUACCAAACGUGUGUCAGGCGGCACCCUAUUCCCUGUAUAGUGUGUAGGGCGCCAUUUGAGACACGGGUGUAGGGGAUGAGGACAGGGCCCUACAAGCUCAAAGCCGCAAACACCUGUGCCAGCCCCCCCGGGCCCCUCCCUCCGUCAGUCAGUCAGGUUUCUACUGACUCUCAUAACGUCUAUUUUAUUUUUUUUGUGUUUUUUGGUGGCGGGUUUGCAGACAGAUUUCUUGAGAUUUUUUUUUUUUUUUAUGUACAAAGUGGUGUUCAACACAAACUCUAAUGUAAUUACUGUGUAAGCACAUUGUUAUUGAGUGUACAAACAUUUUAAAAGAAAAUAAAC